AGUCUGGAUAGGCGUAAAUGACUUCAAAAUGGACGGAGUCUGGAAAAAUUAUGACGAAAGCAACCUCGCCUUUUACGACUACAUGUACAAUUAUACCCUCUAUGGAAGCUGGAACGAUAGAGAUGCUUUGGCAAUUAUAUCAACAGAUAACCUACUUUGGUGGGAACGCAAUGAGUACGAAACAACUCUUAAGAUGCUGUGUGAAAGAGACAUAGUUGACAGUUAUUGGGUUGGUGGAUCGGAUCAAAUGAACGAAGGCAUCUGGCUUUGGGAAGAUGGACAAACUAUCAAUAUGUCGCUGUUCCGUACUGGUGAACCGAAUGGGAAUAGUGCGCAAAACUGCUUGUCCCUUAAAUUUUCUGCAUCAGGUAAUCUGUUUGAAGACGAAGACUGCUCCAUACCGAAAAAGUUCAUUUGUCAAAGGAUUUAAUACUUGAAGAUUUAUAUAAAAAAAAAAUGAACAACCUGUGUUACACUGUGUAACAAAAGGUAAUAUUUG